GACAAUUUUCCGUUGGAAGCAUCGUCUUCUCCAGUUUUUUAAUUAAUUUUGUUGUGAUAACAAAAGAGGUUCUGAUGCGCCAGUAAUGGAUGUCACAUAAAGUGUCGUCUCUUAAGGUUUCCAGCCACUUUAAAACAAUGUAAAUCAUGUGAAAUGGCAACGAGUGAUUGGAGUUCAACGAACACGGACGGUGGAGUUUCUGCAACCCGGUCGCUUUCUCCCAUAGCUGUGUCGACAGGCUCUCCUCAAGACAGCGGGAAUAGUUCACCGCAUUCUCCAGUAUUCGCUCAAGAUAGCAUCGACCAGACUGAAGACAUGAAUGAGACAUCAAAGGAAAAAAGCCAUGUGGCUGAAUAUGAAAAAGAAAUUCAAGAACUGAGAGGGCAAAUUCACAAAUUGCAGGAGGCUGGAAAUAUCAAGGAUUAUUCUGAAAAUAUCAAUCAGCUUAAGAAACAGUUACAAAAUGUUGGGGAAGCCUUGGAAGAAACACGGCAAACUGGCAAAAAUGAAGAACACAAGACCAACCAAUUACUUGCAGAAAAGGAAAAUAUGAUUCUCCAACUUACAAACCAACUCCAGAUUGAGGGAGAGGAGAAAAGGAAACUUCAUGUUGUAAUUGAGGAACAAGAAAGUUUGUAUGCUGAAUUGCAAGAAAAGUGUUCCUCCCUUGAAACCCAGAGAUCAAGUCAAGGAGAAACUUUGCAAAAGCAAAUGAGAGAUCUGGAGUUCUACUCUGAAAAGGAGGAGAGAUUGAAGAAGGAGAUUGAGCAAAAUCAGGAACGUAUCAAAACAUUGGAGGAAAGCAUUGAAGCCGAGAGAGCUGCACACUUAGAAACAAAGUUCAACUCAGAGAUCAUUCAGUUAAGAGUGCGAGAUCUUGAAGGUGCACUGGAGGUGGAAAAGUCUGUAGUGGAUGAAGCCAAACAUAACCUUGAUACAUUGACAAAGCAACACAGGGAGCUUGAAGCGGCUUUUGAAGAAGAGAGAGAUGCUUGUAAAUCAGAGAAAUCAAAAGCGGUUGGUUUAGAAGAAAGCCUUGCGAAUGAAAGAAAGAAAAUGCAAGAAGAAAUCGAUGAAAAGCUGAAGAUCAUCACAGACUUGUCCAAACAGCUUGAAGUUCAUCAGAAGAACUUUGAUGCCUUAAAACAUGAACUUACUCAGGCAAAGAAACGCCAAAUUCAACUGGACACCACCUAUGGUAGUAGCAUGCGUGAACUUGAACUCCUCCUUGACAAUUUUCAGAUUGAAAAACCGGAGGAACACAAACGACAAGGCCACAAGAAAGAGAAACAAAAGGCCUUGUCACCGGCUGCUGUUUUAGAAAAUCUUCGUCACACACUGGUUGAUUAUCAAAACAGAUGUUCCAGUGCUUCAGCUGAGUACAAAAGGAUGCGAGAGCUUGGUGAGAAGUUAUCAACAGACUGUGAACAUUACAAGGAAAUGGUGACUAGUAGGGACAAGGCUAUGAAAGAGGCGGAAAAAACAGUUGCAACUAAAGUUAAAGAGUUGGCCAAAUCACGCCAAGAAUGUGCUGAGAAGGAAGCUACCAUUGCAGCCAUGAAAAUAGACUUACAAACACUGAACAAGGCACUAGAAGAAGCGCAAAACAAAGUUGAAAACUCAAAGGAAGAGCAUCUCAAAGUCAAGAGUGUUUUAAAUCGUGAAGACGAGGCUCAUCGCAUGUUCCUGCAUUCCUUGUACCAGCGGAUGAUUACUGGACAAGUGUAUGUUUCCUCACCAGACUCCGCGCUAUCCAAAUAUUCCUGGACGGACAUGUGUAAUUUGGUGUCAGAGCAAGUGUCAGCUCAUCUCAGUGAGCUUAAUAGAGCGACUGAAAGGAUUCAGCACCUCGAAAGUGUGUUGUCAAGCAAAGAAGAGUCACUCCGACAUGAACAAGAAGCUCACGAACAAACAGUGACCAAGCUCUCCUCUGCCAUCAAAGACCGCGAAAAAACGCAGACAUUAGCAGACCAAGCUUGGGAAAGAGCUCACGAAACAGGUCAGGUUAAGGACACACUUGAAAUGGAGAACGCCCGGCUGCAGUUGUCUUUGGAGGAAAUGCAGAGAAGCGAAUCUUCUUUGUUAACCGUUUGCGCGCUUCUUGCCGGCGCCUUAUGGCCUGCGUUUGGGAGAAUACGAGCCUUGGCCUCUCAACGGAGAAUAUUAUCUGAAUAUGUGAGAACAUUGGAAUCCCUUCGAGAUAAGACGAACACUUUGGGGGAAAUGUUAAGCCACGAGAUGGAAGCCGAGAAGAGGGAAAAAGGUGACGCUGGGUCGAAAGAGCGGUCCCUAAGAGAUGGCCGCUGUCCCGUGUUGGUGUUUAGAGUGGGUGUCAUCGCUGUCAUUGCUGCCAACAGACUGCGUCAUUUUGGUUCUUAUAGUUUAAAGUUGUUUGUCUCGUCUGAAUCUCCUGGCGAGUUUGGCGGAAUGUCUAUUGUGUGCUGCGGGAAAAUGUCAAGGAAAGCUGACUUCAAGGGUGUGGUUAACAACCACAAACGGGAAUCUUCCCCCGCGGACACGUCACGCACAAGUGCUAGAGUGACGUCCGCACAGGCUUGGUUAACCAGCUCUCAGUUACAAAGUCACCUGAUCGGUGCUGUGAGCGAAUUGCAGUCGGCUCUCAAUAAGACGCACGAGGCAGAGGAUGGAGACUCUACGUGGGACGAACAAGAUGGAUCUAGCAGAGCACAGAGUCCUUCGACUGGCAGCAAUAUAAUAGCAGCAGCAAGAAGCGCGUACAGUAAAAUUAUCUCCAGGCUUCAAACAGAGUUUUCUGGCCGGGUGAUAGGAGAAGAGGCUUGGCACGAGAGGUACUCAGGCUUCCGAGGGGAGAUGAUGGCGUCGUUGGGCUUGGGACUCCAGCAAUGGCUGGCUAAAGCACCUGCGCGUGGUUUAUCUUACAUAUCGUCUCAGCGAACCAUUAGUGCCCUUCAAAGUCAUAUCCUUGGCUUUACCCAGCGCCUUCAUGCGGCGGAAGUCGACAGACGUUCACUAAGACUUGAACUCUCCAGAAGUAAACAAGAGACUGCUGGGAUGAAGAGUGCCCAGUCCUCUUCUGAGACGCAGCAUCGUAAGACCAAGGAGGAAGCGCGAGGCCUGGAGGAGAGACUUCAGGAGAUGAAAGAGGAGAUGUUGUCCAUGGUACCUAUAACUCGUUUUGAAAAUGUUUGUGAAGAACUCAAUAACGCUCUGAAGCGAGAGCAACAGGCCCAAGCCCUACUUAAUGAGCAGACCACUCAGAUGCAAGAAAUGGGAGAGAGAUUGGAACUUCACGCCAACCAAGGAGAAGAAAAGGAUGUCACACUCGCUGAAGCAGUCAAGGGUCUCACUGAGGCAAAGAUGGAGCUUCGCCGGAAAGAACACGCCGUCCGUCAGGUCUCAAAGCAAAUGACUUACAUGGAAAACGAGAAAAACGCUUUAAUAGACAGACUAAACGAUGCCGAAAAAACCAUGACUGCCGCUGCAAGGGAGAAAGAAGCUUUAACGGGUUACUUGAAGUCGGUCGACAGAGCCCUGGAACAGAGCAAAGAUCAAGUACGACUAUCUAAGGGUGCCAUAGGGCCCUAUGAGCACACUCUGCCCCAACUCAUUCUUCCAGACGAGCGGUUAGCGAUGGAUGGUUUAAGCUUGAGUCCCGAAUUAUUAUCUUGCCAGCAUGUUGUGGCGUCAUUUAUCGAGUGCCAGCAGCAGGCAUUGGACCGUAUUUCCGAGCUUGAAAUGGAUAAACAACACGCUAUGUCACGCUUGACACAAUUAGAAGAAGAAAUUAGGUCACACAAGGCACACAUAGCCACCCUGAAGAACGAGCUGGCUGCUGCCUGUAGAAGGCCCAUGAGCGACGACGGGCUGAGUGAACCUGGGCACUACAUUCCUGGCGGGGAUGGGUUUGCCGGCAAGGACUCUUCGCUGCAUCGCUUUUCAGAUCAUAAAGAUGACGACAACUUCAGGAGUUUCAUUCCUUUGUCGGCUCAUCGCGAUUCCAGUGCAUCUUUCAGGCCUUCGUUGGCCUCAACCAGCGGUCACCCAGACAGAAGUAAAGGCAGCUAUGGAAGUCCAAAGAGACGCUUGACAUCGAGCUACAGAAAACAGGGGAAGAAGCUUGGACAAGACUUCUCCCAACUGCUUGAUCAAGGACUUUGAGAGCAAAGGCUCUUGAAGAUGUGUCUUCAUUUGCUAGCAAAGCCUAUAGUGGACGAUAUUUUGAUAUUUAACUCAGUUCGGUUUUGGCAAGCCAUACAUUCAAGCAUGUUAUGAGUUUGGCGUUGGUGAAAGCGAAAGUAAAAACUAUCAAAAGCCGUGGACCAUGGCUCUUGUUUAGCUUAAAUCCCCUUUAAUCGGAAUAACCAAGUCGCUCUAGACAUGCUAGUUGGAAGAGAAAUUUCAUUCUGGAGCUGUAUGGAAGAAGCUUAUUUAAAUACAUUUACAUAGAUUAUUCAAUGGUAGUGUGUAUUUGAGAGUGUUGUAAGUUAUUUUAGUACAAUAAAGAGUUAUACUUUUAA